GAUUCACCCUUAUAACUCGAAUCUUUUGAAUCGCGAUUCUUUCAGUUGCCCUUCCUGCGAGUUACAACCCCGUGUUAUUCUUUUAUUGUGAAAUGAACAAUUCACUGAAUCGUUCAUUCGUUUCGUUAAAAAUACCGAGUCGAUAAGAAUGUCUAACAACAACACCAGUACGAAGUAAUGUUACCUGACCAAUGCUGGAAUGUGAGACUUAAUUAAGUGUUCAACAUCUUUUAUAAUCAAUUUGUGUGUCCUUCUGUCAACAAAUAUUUUAUAUUUGUGUUUGUAAACGGAUGCAAUGGUUGCUUCAUCAGAAAUGCUCAUCUCUGCCGCACAGAAGUUAUUGUGUCCUCGUAAGAAACGUUUAUCCCCGUCCACAUGUCUUGAUGUGACUGUUCAAAUAAUGGCUGUGGAUCUGGGCGUCAAACCUGCGCUGCUUUACGACAGUAAUGCAGCAUCUCCAGAGCAGCUUCAGAUGUACCUCAAAUCUCUACAGGAGGCUGGUGUUGUAACCAAUCCACUACGGAUUCUGUCAAUUGAUGAAAACACAUUCAUUUUUAAUCCUGCCACUAUUGAGUCCCACUUGGAUGAUCUUCUCCAAAGCAAAAGUGUCCUCCUGAUUGACGUAUGUCCCUCAAUAAAACAACCUGUCUUGGUUGGUUUUGAAAAGACAACCGAGGAUAUGAUCAAAACUCUUUCAGAACUCUUCAUGAGUGAGCUGGAGAAAGGCUCCUCAGUGAUUGUGUUGGGAGAGGAACUGUAUAAUGACUGGAACUUGUGCACUCUUUUUGGACUCCUGUUAGGUUAUCCAGCCGCAUACUGGUUUGACCAAACGAAAGGAUUUGGGAACUGUCUGUGUAUGACACCACUGGUGGUGAGCACGGUUUGGGUCAAAUGGCAGAUAGAUGACAUAAAUCAUCGCUGUUAUCUUUACUCAUUUAGUGUUCCUGAAGAGCUCUGGUCAGAAGUACAAAGUCAUGUGCAACGGUGGACUGAGCACCUGAGAGAGAGAUUUAACAAACAGCCGGUUCUGACUGAUCUCUGCUUUUCUAGAGAUACUGUCACUUUGCCCUCUGUGACACUUUGAAUAAACCUGAUUAAUGUUU